AUGAAGCAAAAGAGAAAGAAGGAUAAGAGAAAGUUGUGGAAGAGGAAGAAAAAAGAGAGAAAAUCCGAGGAAAAUGUUUUUGGGAACAGCGAUACGCUUGGCCAAAUCCCAAAUAAUGCUUUGCAAGUUGCUGAAUUGGAUGAAAGUGUUAUGAAGGAAUUUUCCUGGACCUAUGGUAAGCAAAGUGACAUUGAGAGGAAUGGUAUUGGCCCUAGUCUCAAAGACAAAGUCCCCUGUUUUUGUCUUAGGAACCGCCAAAACUGGAGCGAUAGCAGUCGGGUGCUUCUAUUUCCUUUUGGGCAAAGCGAGAUCCUCCGCCCAUCAGCUGAUUCCAGCACAGUUUCCCUGGAGAAUUCCGAGGCUCAGCCAUGCAAUGGAUUAAAUCCUUUACCUGCCGAGAGAAAGAAGAAGAAAAGAAAGAUCCGGGAAACAAGCACUACUCAAGGUGAUAGUUGUGCAGAAGUCCCAUAUAACAUUCUGCAAGCUAAUGAGCCGGAUGUUAAAGAUAAUAUAACAUGUUCCUUUGGAAAUUCUUGUCAAAUUUUGGAGCAUGAGGUGAUUGGACCAACUGGUGAAACAAACUGCCUUACCAUGAAGCAAAAGAGGAAGAAGGAUAAGAGAAAGUUGUGGAAGUGGAUGAAACAAGAGGCAAGAGCCAUGGAGAAAAUCUCUGGGAAGAGCUUGCAAGCUAAUGAGCCGGACGUUAAAGAUAAUAUAACAUGUUCCUCUGGCAAUUCCCGUCAAAUUUUAGAGCAUGAGGAGAUCCGACCAAGCGGUGAAACUAACCGCCUUACCAUGAAGCAAAAGAAGAAGAAGGAUAAGAGAAAGUUGUGGAAGUGGAUGAAACAAGAGGCAAGAGCCAUGGGGAAAAUUUCUGGGAAGAGCUUGCAAGCUAAUGAGCCCGACGUUAAAGAUAAUAUAACGUGUUCCUCUGGCAAUGCCUAUCAAAUUUUAGAGCAUGAGGAGAUCCGACCAAGCGGUGAAACAAACUGCCUUACCAUGAAGCAAAAGAGGAAGAAGGAUAAGAGAAAAUUAUGGAAUUGGAUGAAAAAAGAGGCAAGAGCCAUGGAGAACGUCUCUGGGAAGAGCAAUACUCUUGCUGAAACUCCGAAUAAUGUUUCACAAGUUGCUGAAUUGGAUGAAAAUAUUCUCAAGGAAUUUUCCUCAACCUGUGGUAAGCAAAAAGACAUUGAAAGGAAGUUGUGUUCAUUCGAAAAAGAAGAUGUACUUGGAGAAGCUCACACCCUUUUGAGUGAUUUCAGCAAUAUGAGUAUCUCUUCAAGCAAGAAAAGGGGCAAAAAACUCGAAACCGAUUGGAGUGAUUUUUCUGAGGACCAUGUUCAUAAGGAGACUUCCUUUCGCUCUAAUUAUGCUCAUAUCUCUUAUCUUUCAGAUAGUAAACCAGAACAAGUAGAAGAAAGGAUACAAGUUACACUAGCACAGGCCUCCAUGGGAACUUCGAGAGCAGAAGCCUCUGUUCAUGAUCCAGAGCAGAGUCUUGAUCUUCCAGAAAAACCUGAGACUAUCAAGCUGCAUAGUGCAGAAGAUGGUUCUGCUGAAGUUGUUCUAGUUGAAAGUAUGGAUGUGACCGAGGCUACGAAAAACAAGAAUGCUGAAAAGCUUUUCUGGGUUCAGAUAGCGGAAGACAUUGGGUCUCGUGUGGAUAAAGAAAUUGGAGCUGCAUCCAAUUGUAAUGGAGAAGAUUCAGUUGAUUCUGGGCUUGUUACUUGUUCUGAGCACUCAAACGGGAAUGGUUUCAAGGUAAAUAGGCAGAUCGAUGGAGUAAAUCCUUUGUCAGAACUGUUGGUGUCCGAAGGUGAUAUUAAAUUAGACAUUAAUAUCAACCAAGGAAGCAUGCCUUUGCAAAUUCUGGAUAUAUUGUCAGAGAGGACUAGUGUUGAACCUUCUAGAAAGAAGCUUCUUAUACUUGAUCUGAAUGGACUCUUGGUAGAUAUACUUCAAAAUGUUCGCGGCAGAUGUGAACCGGACUUAAUUGUGUCAAGACAAGCUGUAUUCAAAAGGCCCUUUGUUGAUGAUUUUUUGCAGUAUUGCUUUGAGAAAUUUGCUGUUGGGGUUUGGUCUUCAAAGACAAGGAUAAAUUUGGAUCCAAUUGUACACUUUCUUAUGGGCGACUCCAAAGGGAAAUUGCUUUUCUGUUGGGAUCGGUCUCACUGUACAAUAACAGAGCUCACUACUGUCGAGAACAGGAAUAAGCCCCUGGUUUUGAAGGAACUUAGGAAAUUGUGGGAUGAACACAAGCCCAAUCUUCCAUGGGAGAAGGGAGCAUAUAAUGAGUCAAACACUUUGUUGUUGGAUGAUUCUCCGUACAAAGCCCUUCGCAAUCCGGCAAACACCGGAAUAUUUCCCCACUCAUACCACUAUAGAGAUGCCAAUGACAAUUCUUUAGGACCUGGAGGUGACCUGCGGGUCUACUUAGAAAGCUUAGCUUUGGCGGACGACGUUCGGAAGUAUGUAGGGCAGAAUCCAUUUGGUCAAAAAGCAAUUGACGAGUUAAAUCCAUUCUGGUACUAUUAUAAGAGGGUGUUAGUUGCAGACCCACCUGAAGAUGCUACUUCUAAAUCGAAGUGAGCACAUUUCUCGUCCUUCACUUGGAUGACAGCUUUUUUUUUUGACGACUUGAACAUCUUUUUUGUUAGAGCUUGUUUAAGAAUUAAAAGCAUGCGAUAUUCUGUAAAAGCCCCUGGAAGUGCCUAGUUCAUCUAGAAAAGCCUUAACUGGUCGAAUCGACAAUCUUUUGUUUUUUGGGUGAGAAAAUUCCUUGUUUUGACAAUCAAGUUUUAGAUAGUCUCUAUCUUUAUAGGGGAUGAAAUUUUUUCGAAUUCAUCAAGCCAGUCGCUUGUGUAC